UUUCUUUCUUCCUUAGAAGUAAUUAAUUUAAUGUAAAUUGAAUGUUUGUGUUGUGAUCUGUGCUUCGUUUUCGUUUCAAAAUCAUCACCUUUAAGCAUUACCGCAUCUCAAUUUUCAUAUCAUUCUGCAUAUGAUUAUCUCUCAAUUUGAUAACUACCUCAGUUCAUUGAAGUAUGAAGGAAGAAAUUUGUGCUGCUGUGACUUUCUUAACAGAUUUGAUGGGGAAAAGUAAAGACCUAACUCCAGACCAGGUGGAAAUAUUCCAUGCUACACUUGGUUCUGUUUUAAUAGAAAGAUUUGAAGGUCAUUGGUUUCCUGAGAAACCGUAUUGGGGUCAGGCGUAUCGCUGUAUCAGAGUAAAUGGCCGAGAGAGGAGAGAUCCAGUGUUGGAGCGGGCAGCUCAAAUGUGUGGAUUGCGCUAUCAAGAUCUUCAUCUGCCGCCUGAGCUAACAUUGUGGGUUGACCCUAAAGAAGUCUGCUGCAGGUUUGGAGAAGAUGAAGGCUCUUAUUGUACUGUUGCUUCAUUUAAAGACAAUAAAGAAAAUUUAAGUGAUAAUUAUUUCAUUCAAGAUAGUCAUUUGAAAUCAUUUCAUCAAAAUGCAUUUGAUUAUGCGAAAAAGCAAAAAAGUCGCCGCAAGGCGGUUGAUAGUCAGAGGAAAACAUCUGUUUAUCCUGUGCUAAAUAAAGGACACCAAUCUUUGAAUCCGAAACCAGUACCUUCAACUCGCUACUUAGAUUGGGGGGCAUUUCACCCUGAAAUGACCCCUUUUGUCCGCAGAUCAAAGAAACCCACCCGUAUUGUAUAUUCUAACAAUCGAAGAAGUAAUUUUUUGUAGUGAUCAAAUUGAAUGUUUCAAUGUCCAAUUGAACUGAUUGAAUUACCUUUUAUGCUUGUUAUCUGUGUUAAUGAAAAAUUGUGCAAUUCUGUGUUUUUAAGGAAGUUGUUAUCAGUAGAUUUUUAAAAUGAAUUGAAAUGGAAAAGACGAUUAAAUUCACUAUAUUUGUCAAAUGUAUUUUUACAUGCAUGGACUCUGUUUGUAGCACGCUUAAAUAGAAGUGCCGCCUUUUUUAUUUGUAUUUUUAUAUAUAAAUUUUUAAUGUUCUGUUAUGUUUGAUAAAUUUUUAUAUUUGAUAUUUAUUUUCUCUUUCAUCACUUUAUUAGUCAAUGUUUUCUAGCUUGAAACGUGUAUUUUAUAGCUGAUGAGCACUACUAUUGAUGUUAUAUAUGGGAUAAUGAUUAUCCAUUUAACGCACAAUGGCUAUCCCAGUAUUUUGGUAUAUGUAUAUAAAAAAUAAUUUACAUGCAACAGGAUUUUUUUUUUUUUUUUUUUGCAUUCCAUUACAUUGAUUUUUUUUUUUUUUUCGUUUUCAUCUGAAUUUACAUUUAACAUUCGCUUUUUUGAAUGCCCUACUGAUACAAAGAAUUUGAUGAAAUUCCAAAAUGUUGCUUACUUGUUGAAUUUAUGUAUUGUGGAUCAAUGGUCUUAUUUUUGCAUUUAUGGUCAUUUGUUCCUGUUUAAAUAUUUAAAGUUUUGUUUAUAUUUAAACAUAGUUUUACAAAU